UCAUUUUUUGUUGUCAGUCACUGACUUGUUUUUUAAAAUAAAUAUAUGUUUUUCAACGCGAGAUCGGCGGGAAAUCUUUAAUUGUAGAAUGCUUUUGUUUUUUAAAUAUGUGGUUUGCUAAAUAAUAUCGAGUUAUUUUCUAUAAAGCAAUAAAACGUGCAAAAUGUGAAAAAAAAUACUCAAUUAUUUGAUCAUAAAAUUAACUCGAAUAUGACCAGAAAAGUAGUAUAUUUAAUAGUUAUAGCUUUAUUGACCAUAUUAAUUUGGAUAUACCGCAGUUCAAAUUUAGAAUUCAACAACACAGUACUGGUAGUAACACAACAUAAUGUUAUUAAAGACACAAUAAUACAGCCCCGUAACAUAACUUGCAACCAAUCAUUCAUAGUGAUCAUUGUUACAUCCUACACUGGUCAUGUUGAACUAAGAAGCGCCCACAGGAGGGCAAUGCCCUCUUCCUACCUCUCCAAACUAAAUAUUACAAGGAUAUUCCUGUUGGCAAAGAUACCUAAACAGGAAAGAUAUAUAACACAAGAUGCCAUCAGAGAUGAAAGUAAUAUAUUUGGUGACAUACUACAAGGUUCUUUCUAUGAGCACUACAGAAAUCUCACCUACAAACAUCUCAUGGGACUAAAAUGGGCAUCUUCAGUAUGCCAAGACACAUCAUACAUACUGAAAGUUGAUGACGAUACUGUAUUUAAUAUUGACAAGACUUAUGAAUUUCUCAAAAACAUACCAACGUCGGACAGGAGCAGUUUUAUAAUGGGCUACAUUUUAAACAAUACAAAACCAAGGAGAAAUGAACAAAAUAAGUGGUAUGUCACAUGGGAUGAAUAUUCCAGGAGUGUUUAUCCUCCAUAUCUGUCGGGUUGGUACUACAUAAUGAGUCCCAAAAUUGCAGCACUGAUAUCUGCCGAAGCAAUCUACCAUCCAUUCUUUUGGAUAGAUGACAUUUUUGUAACCGGUCUGCUUACUGAAUCUCUUGGUAUAAAACUAAAGCAAUUGCCAAACGAUUACUGGCUUGAAUAUUAUGAAUUAUUAGAAUGUUGCCUUCGUGAUAUGGUCAAGAAGUCAAUAAAAUGUGACUAUAUUGUUGGGCCUAACGGUGGACGAAACAAUUUGAUUGUAGAAUUUAAUGAAGCUUUUGCCAAUUGUCAAAAAUGGGACAACUGUACCACAAGAACGCAAGAUAAUGACUUAAAGAAAAAAUGUGUUAUGUUUAGAGACAGAUCAUUAUUUAGCGACGGAAAGGCUGAAAUCCAUCAUAUUAAUUUAUAGUUUGAAAAUAUGAAUUUAUAAAUCAAACACACCUUUGUAAAAAUAUUAUAUUUAUCAUUUACAAUUACCUAUACUAUUUGUAUGACACUUGUUAAGCGUAGUCAGUUUUAAGCUUAAAUGAAAUGUGAAAUAAGAUAAAUUUAAUAUUAUUGCCAUGUUAACAAAUCUAAUCUUAUGUCAAAACAAUUGUACAACAAUGAUAAAACAUUAAAAAAAUUAAAUUCAAAAUGAUAUAUCUAUAAAUCAGUCAUUUAAUUGAGCAUUUGACUAAUUAUAACACAAAAAGUGCUAAGUACAUACUAAUAAUUCAUGCUAUUUUCUUUAUUUUUAACCAUUGAUUUCCUAUAAAAAAGUGGAUGCACAAUCAGAAACCAAAACGUCCCCACUCAAUGAGUACCAAACACAACAACUUCUUGGCACUCAAUUCAAGUAGUCGCAUUUGCAAAUUCAACCUUAAACUCAAUUCUUAAGGUUGAAUUUGGGAUUUUAUUGAAUUGGACUAUAUCUAAAGGUCUUUAGGUAUAAUUUUCAUUACCAAUAAUUCUAAAACUGUCAAAGCAAAAUUGGCCAGUUUUUAAGUGAAAUUUUCUACAUGAUUGUGCAUCCUUUUAUUAUAAGAGGUCAAUGUUUUUAACAAUCAAUAUUGUAGCCAAGCAUUGGUUACUGAGCUACCAUUUACAGUACAAUCUUUAAACCCUUUCAUAAUGUAACUUGAUUGAAACCAUCUCUUGUCAUCUGUUGACUCUAUUUCAUUAAACUCUACUUCUUCAUCAGUAUUUAGUUGGUCAAUAUUGACAUUGAUUGCAUCGCCAAAGAUCUGGAACUUGUGACAGCAUGAAACAUUUUGAUGAUUUUGAGUCCUAAAGUCUAGACAAACAAUCUUACAACUUCUAGGCAGUCUGUAUCCAUCCACCGAUAAAAAGGUGUCAGCACAGACCACAUCCUGAUUGUUGGAAAUGUUCUUUUUAAUAAAAAUGUACAUGUUUGUUGGUGACAAAGUAUUGAAGAAAAUCUGACUUAGUUUGUCAGAUGUCACUAAUGUUCUGAAACAAAAAGAAAUACAAUAAAUAUGCUGGUAAUAACUCAUGUUCAAUUUUGUCCUCAUAAUUUUCUAGCUUUAGUCAUUCAGACUGUAAAAUGCAAAACUAAUUUAACAUUCAAUAGUUUUCCACUGAAGAUCCUACCCUAUAAAAUUGUAAUACUUAUUGUUUUAAAGAAUAUUGACCAUAUCUUUUGAAUGUAAUUAAUCUUCUUUUUCCUCUUCUUGACUAGUUGUAAAGACUAAUAUGUGUAAUAUAAAAUUUUCUAAUAUCAAAUAGGCUCAAUUGAAUCUCAGUUCAUUCAUUAUCUUUCAAUAAAAAAUACCUCAUCUGGGAUAAAGUAA